UGAUGGUUGGACGCAGAGCUCGAGGAGAGAACGACAUGUACUUCUGACUAGGAACAUAAACGAUGCAACACUGAAGAGUGCGACGUGUAAUAAGAAUAAAACGAAUAAUGAUCGAUAGUUUCCUUCAUUUCAGAUGUGAUGAGCGAUGGAGAUCGAGAGCAACAGCUGUGUUAGAGAGACAUUGAAAGAAGGAGGGUCUCAGUGAGGGUCAGAUGCUGCACCGGGCCGGAGCGGAGAGUAGUCGGCCGUAGAGAAGAGAAGGAAAAGAGGACGUUCACAGCGAGAGAACGCGUCAGAAAGGAAUAUGACGGAAUAGCUUUGUCUGCUCUGAGAACUGCCUUUACAACAGAUCAGAAUGGGCAACACAGAUAGUCAGUACAGUAGUUUCAUCAUCCCAGGUAAGGGCAAGUCCGGCUCAUUGAAGCUGCACCCGCAUAAAGAUGACGUCCUCUCCCCGCACACUUGGUGGAGGAACUCUAAGAGCACCCCUGGAUACAAAGCCAAAAAUGGUGUUUCAUCACACAAGAACAGUCAACCCUACAUUUCCCGCCAUUAUGACUGCAUCAAAGGGGGAGCUGAUGACAAAAUACUCACCAAAAGCCACCGGGACUACGACAACUUUUUAUUCCAGGGAAAUGGUUUCUUUGUAGGGUACACACAGCAGACUGGAGGGUGCAGUCUUCAGGCUCCGAUAAGGAGAAUGAGCUCUGAUCUACCUGAUAGUAAAAGCAGCCCCAAAGUACUUUUCAGAGAGGAUGGGAGUCUGAGAGUGGAGUUUACUAAGGCCCGACGGGAGCUGAACGGUGAGCUGGGUGGUCGUCCCAGUGGACCUGUUGAUGUUACCCAGCGGGCCAGUAACGGGAGCUCUCUCAGCUCUGAGGAAUCAUGGUAUGACUCACCUUGGGGUAAUGGGACGGAGCUUUGCGACAACGUCUUUACCAGCAACCAGCCUUCAGACAACAGCAGCGGUUAUACCACACUAUCAUCCACACGUACGGUUGAUUUUGGAUCUUACAAUGGCUUUGCUGCAGAACAGCCUGAGAACCAUAUUGGUGGACUCACCUGCCGAACCACAGGCAGUCAGUAUGCAAGCAGCGACUGCAAUAGUAACGAAUACAACACCUACCGCGCUGAAGAGGACAGUGGCAUUGGGGAUUCAGUCCUUCUGCAUUUAGAACAGAAUGGGUUGUCUGACCUCUACACGAAUCCUAACAUGACCGUGCCGUUCCCUACUGCCGGCAUUCCAACCACAGAUCGUCUCCAGGACACUCGUCAAUUUCAAGCCUCACUGACCUCUUCUCUGGAUGUGAGUUCCCGAGAGGACACUCAGGAAGUCCAGCAUUACACCUCCCUUACAUUGCCCUGCAGAAAAUCGAUUCCUGACGGGAACACGAGGAAGGACUUGCUCAAGAGUCGCAUCCGCCGCCUCAGCGAUUGGACGGGAAGUUUGAGUAGGAAAAAGCCAAGAUUGCAGGAACCAAGCACUCUGAACUUUUCCGAUGUUUUCAACGGUGAAGCCGUGGAAUCCAGACCAUUUUGGAACCCCAUGUCCUCCCAGGCACAGCUAGAGUGCUCGGGGUCCUUAACAGGACCACUUGGGCAGCAGAACCAGGGCGCUGCUCUGAGGCAGAACAUCUAUGAUAACUUCAUGCAGGGGCUGGAGACGGGCAGCAGCAGUGGAACAGCCGAUGUGCUACAGGUCUGGGAGGGUGAGGGGGAGCAAGGGGAGAGCAGCAGCGGCUCAAUGGGCUCUUUGGAGCAAAUGGACUUCCUGUUUGAGAAGGAGCAGGGAGUUGUGCGGAGGGCUGGCUGGUUGGGUUUCAAGCCCCUCAUUACCCUCCACAAGGACCGUAAACUGGAGCUGGUAGCGCGACGCAAGUGGAGGCAGUAUUGGGUCACACUCAAAGGGUGUACGCUUUUGUUAGGCGAGUCCAAUGGAAAGACGUCUCCAGAACUGGAAUGUUCACCACGUUAUGCGGUUCUGGCUGAAGACAGUAUUGUGCAGGCAGUCCCUGAGCAUCCCAAGAAAGAGAAUGUCUUCUGCCUCAGUAACGCCUAUGGAGAUGUAUAUCUUUUCCAGGCUGCAAACCAAACAGACCUGGAGAACUGGGUGACGGCCAUCCACUCGGCCAGCGCGUCACAUUUAGCCAAGCGUCAGGGGAAGGAAGACACCGUGCGUCUCCUGGAGAAUGAGAGCAGAGCCCUGCUGCAGAAGAUCGACAUGGACGGCAAAAUGAAGAAGAUGGCUGAGCUGCAGAUGUCCGUCAUCAGCGACCAGAAGAACAGAAAGGCUAUUGAGAGCCAGAUCCUGCAAUGGGAACAGAACCUGGAAAAGUUCAAUCUCGAGCUCUACCGCAUGCGCUGUUACCUGGCUAGUCUACAGGGCACUGAGCUUCCCAACCCAAAAGGCCUGCUGGCCACCUCCGGGCGGCCGUCUAAAAUGGUGCUGGGACGUCUGGGAAUCUUCUCUGUCUCGUCUUUCCACGCGCUGAUAUGCACUCGUGAUGAGGCGACCCUGAGGAGACGCUCUCGCUCUCAGCCUCGAGCGAUGAGGAACAAACGCGGACUCCUGUUUUCUUCACAGAAGGGAUUGGACAGUCUGACCAAGCGCAACCGUGAAAAGAGACAGUCCCUGUCACAGAUAUUUGAGGGAUGUUCUUCUGGAUCAGUUGGUCAUCCAUACAGGCAAAGCAGCUCUGAGCAGAGGCUGGACGUCUUCACCAAAUCGUAUCCCACAGCGCCAUUUGAAGGCCAUCUUUGGGACUGCACACCGGAGCGUCGGGCAUGUGUGCGGAUGCCCGACAGUCAGAUCAUCAACGUGCCCAUCAAACAGGACUCUCUAGUCACCGACGUGCUCUUCUGCGCAUGCAAGGUUAAGCACUUGGAUCCAGCGCAGCACUGUCUGUACAUGACGAGAAACUCGGGUGGAGAUGUGGAGAGACGCAGUCCAGCACCUGCACAGCUGCUGAGAAACCUGGUCUAUGAUGAACUUGACGUUUGGCCUCUCAAUGUGUUUACCACGAACAUGUCCCGUCCUGACAUAACCGUUGACUUUGGUUUUGCGGUCACGGGUCACGUGGACGGCGCCAGGAGGAGUCAUGUCUACGUGAGCGAGGUUAAUCCUGAUAGCCUGGCAUUCAGUGAAGGUCUCAAAGCGGGAGAUGAGAUCUUGAUUCUUAACGGCACAAGCGUGGCAUCUCUCGACCUCGGCCUCAUGCAGAGCCUCUUCAGCCACCAGGAACUCCGUCUGGUCCUCAGACGCGAGGAGAACAACUCUGACAACCAGAGCUCCGCCUGGCCAGACUGUGACCUCGGUGACCCUGAUCACGCCCCACCUCCUCAGUGUGACCUCAUUCACAUGGAGCAGUUGACCACAGAGGCAUCACGGGAGCGGGACGGUCCCGACGGCUCCGUGGCGCCCGGUUUGGAGGAGGCGAGCGAUAAGGCUGAGGGCGGCAGAAAGAACCCAGAGACGGUGUGUAACUUCUAUCAGACGUUCCCCGAGGGCUCCGUCCUCGUGCCGGAGGUCCACAGGAACCCUUACUCCACUGAGAACGGCCACACCAGAUCCUCCCCCCGUCACAUGUCCGUCACCGAGCGCUUGAGCAUGGUGAUUCAGGAGCUGGUGGACACAGAAAAAUCCUAUGUGAAGGACCUUGGAUCUCUGUUUGACAUCUACCUGAAUCCAUUACAAGGAGAAACUUUUCUCAGUCAUGAUGAGAUGGAGUCUCUGUUCGGCAGUCUGCCGGAGAUGCUGGACUUCCAGAAGGUUUUUCUUCAAACUCUAGAGGAGAGGACAACGUUCUCUCCAGACUACCAUACACUGGAGACCCCCGAGAAACUCAAGAAAGUUCUCUUCUCCCUGAGCGGAUCCUUCCUGAACUACGCAGAUCACUUUAAGCUGUACAGCGGCUUCUGUGCCAACCACAUCAAGGUGCAGAAAGUUCUAGAGCGAGCGAAAACAGACCGGGCGUUCAAAGAGUUCCUGGAGGCGAGGAACCCCACCAAACAGCACUCGUCCACGCUGGAGUCGUACCUCAUCAAACCUGUGCAGAGGGUCCUGAAGUACCCGCUGCUGCUGAGGGAGCUGGUGUCUCUAACAAACCCCGACAGCGACGAGCACAACCAUCUCACAGAGGCAUUGAAGGCUAUGGAGAGGGUGGCCCUUCACAUUAAUGAGAUGCAGAAGAUCUAUGAGGACUACGGCACAGUGUUCGACCAGCUAGUGGCCGAGCAGAGCGCUGAGAAGGAGGUGACAGAGAUCUCUAUGGGAGAGUUAAUCAUUCACAGCUCGGCACGUUGGCUGAAUCCUCUGCCCUCAUUGGGCCGUAUGAGAAAAGACCCUGAACUGACCCUCUUCUUGUUCAAGAGAGCGCUCAUUUUGGUGUAUCGGGAGAGCAGCAAGCUGAAGAAGAGAAUGACUUCUUCACGGCUCGGUGAUUUGGAUCCGUUUAAAUUCCGCUGGCUCAUUCCUGUAUCAUCCCUACAGGUCCGACCUGGUAAUUCAGCAGGAUCUGAAAACCCUUGUGUUUGGGAAGUUGUUCACACUAAAUCUGAAUUGGAGGGAAGACCGGAGAUGUUGUUUCAGCUCUGCAGCAGUAAUCUGGAGAACAAGGUCAAUGCAGUGAGGGCCAUCCGCUGUCUCCUGAGAGAGAACGCCAAGUGGACCGCUACAAUUGAGAAAAGAUUCAAAGAUGCCAACUUCACCUUUCCCAGGAGACACCACGCAGGAGCACUUAGGACAAACUCCUGGCAGAGAACCAGACUGCUCGAUGAUGACGCUCGCUCAGAACCUCCCCUCAACAAGAGAUCCACAUUGCGUUCCCUGACCAGCGCCCUGGAAGCCCAGCUCCAGAGACUGAACUUUGAAGAGGAACCACAAAGCACCAUGAGCAGCCUUCAGGGCAGUCAAGUGACGUUGCUGGACGACUCAACAGGUCUGGACUUGAACACCCUGCUGGCCAGGGACUACAGCGUACAGAGUCUGGGUUCUGUAGUUAAUGAGGAUUGUUUUUACAUCCAUAAAGCUGCCAUCCCCACACUAUAGAGGAACCGGUGGUUAGACUAAAACCGGAUUAUCGUGCCUUGGACUGAACAGCUCACAGCUUGUGAUGUCGAGACAGCAUCAUAGUGACACCCCAUAAUCACGCAGUUUGAUGUUUCUGCCUUGUAUCUAGAGUUUGCCUGACACGUGUACUUCUAGUACACAAGCAACAACUCUUUCACUGUACUGUAGCUUUACAUUUGCAUUGCUGGUUUGACAAAGAAUUUGCUCCGCUCUGUGUUGAAAUGCUUUGAUUUCACCGAGCCGGGCAAAUAUUCAUAAGGAGAAAAUGUUUUGUCUAAAUUAUAUUGUAUAUCUUCUUUAUAUAGUUUUGUGCACAUUUUUAUCGUUUGAUUCAAAGGCAUGUUUAUCAUUCCUUAAGUAGUUUAAGCUAUUGAAAAUACAGUUAUGUUAAUACAGUAUAUGCUCACGUGUCUGUUUUGGCAUUGGUAAUUUAUUUGUAAAAAUGUAUUGAGCAUAGCUUGUGAAAAUGACUUAAUAUUUUUUGGAAUAUUUAAUAAAGACCGUCUUCCUUCCUUC